AUGUUUUCCCUUCUAGAAUCGAAGGAUGAAAGGAAAUCCUUUUACACGCUCCAAGAGGAGAGGCGAGAGCAGGCAGAGAGAUCAGUUCUCAUCAGCUGUCCCCCGACAAUCAACGAAAAAAAGUUCUUGAAGCACCUGUCCAGACAUGGAGACAUCAACAACUGCUUCUUUUAUGAAAGCUUUGGCACGUACGCGGUGGUGGAAUUUUCUGACAAGGACUGCGUAGCAUCGCUCAAAGAUGGGACCAGAAUUCCCAGCACCCAGCACGAAUCCACUGUGCCUUUCAAAACCAGACUGCUUUCUGUAAAGACUAACCAUCUAGGAGACCAAUCGAAAACCCAGCCGUCAAUACAGUGCCUAAAACAGACUACCAUCGGCAUCAAUGACCUCGUUCAGAAGCUGUCUAAAGAGGAUAGUAUAGACCAACAGUUAUACUCCCUUAUGGAAGAAUACCAGCUGACAGAAGAGAACAUCCGCCUUCGGUUCCUAGUCUGUUCCUUACUGAAAGACAUUGCUGCAGCAUACUUCCCAGAAUGCAUUGUAAGGCCUUUCGGCUCAUCGGUCAAUGGUUUCGGGAAGCUAGGGUGUGAUCUCGAUAUGUUCUUGGAUCUGGAUACCAUAAGCGGAAGGAAUCUAAAGCAGCCAGGGGGCGGGUUCUCCCUGGAGUACCAGAUGAAGAGGAUGCCGUCGGAGAGGGCGGCCACCCAGAGCGUGCUGAGCGUGAUCGGGGAGUGCGUGGACCAGUUCGGACCCGGCUGCGUCGGGGUGCAGAAGAUCCUGAACGCCCGCUGCCCGCUGGUUCGCUUCUCCCACCAGCCCUCGGGCUUCCAGUGUGACCUCACCGCCAACAACAGGGUGGCGAUGAAGAGCUCCGAGCUGCUGUACCUGUACGGGGCACUGGACGGGAGGGUGCGGGCGAUGGUGUUCAGCCUGCGGUGCUGGGCCCGGGUUCACGGCCUCACCAGCGCCAUCGCCGGCGCCUGGCUCACCAACUUCUCCCUCACCGUCAUGGUCAUCUUCUUCCUCCAGAGGCGGAGCCCCUCGGUGCUGCCCACUCUGGACCGGCUCCGGGACCUCGCAGGACCCCUGGAUAAAUGUGUCAUCGAGGGGAACGACUGCACUUUUGUCAGCGACUUCAGCAAGAUCAAACUUGAAAAAAACACAGAAACUUUAGAACAUCUUCUGCAGGAGUUCUUUGAAUUUUAUGGCAACUUUGCUUUCAGCAGGCUGUCCAUCAACAUCAGGAAGGGAAAGGAGCAGAACAAGCCGGAGUCCUCGCCCCUGUACAUCCAGAACCCCUUCGAGCCGACGCUGAACGUCAGCAAGAACGUGAAUGCCACGCAGCUGGAGCGCUUCGUCAAGCUGUGCCAGGAGAGCGCCUGGCUGCUCCAGCAGGGCGAGGUGAAGGGGCGGGGCGCCGCGGGGGACACGCCCUGGGGCGUGGCCGCCCUCCUCCUGCCCUCCGUCGGCCAGGCCGCCGGCGUGGCGGGGAGGAAGAAGAGGAAGAGGGAGCCCGCCAGCGAGAGGAUCAAGAGCCUGCUGGAGUCGCUGAAGACCAGCAAGGCCGCAGGGAGCGCGGCCUCGGAGGGCGGCAAGAAGAGCGCUUCCACCAAGCCCCGCUAGAGGGCGUCGUUCUGCAGAGGAGCCCGACUGACCCUGCUCCCAGGAGGGGGAAGCCCCCCUGACUAAGUAGAGGGAACAAACACUCUCAGAGAAAGAACAGCACUCUCUGUGCCAAGCACUGUAUGCUGGUGCUCAGAACCAGGGGCAAAGACUGUGCUCCCUCUGCCCCACAGUUUUACUGAUAGGUGUACAUAAAACUGCUACAUUAAAAUGCACAUACAUUUUUUUUCAUGUUUUCACAAUUCAAGUAACAGUUGUUUUUUUUUCAGUUUACAUUUAUCAUGUGUUCUCGCAAGACCUACACGUGAAGAUUACAGUUUUAACAACGUCAAACCAGUGUCACUACAGUCAUUUCAAAAUUCUGUACUUUUUUACCACAUGCCAAACACCCAUAAGGGAUUACUGUUAUAUUAAUUACUGAGAUACUUUCACCUAAUUGUAAUUCUCAGUUGGUAAGAAAGUAUAUAAAGUUG